GGAACACUGAGUGGUCUACGUAUCAGUUUGCAAUUUGUUGUGGACCUGGUUACUGAAUUACGGCUAUCGAGAUAAUGAAGUUAGCAAUUUUGUUGGUUGUCGGCGUUAUCGCCAAUGUAUAUGGCGAUGAACCUGAACCUAUCGUGGGUGGUAACAUGGCAUAUCCUGGACAAUUUAAACAUCAAGUCUCCAUUCAGGAAGACGGCUACCAUAUUUGCGGAGGAAGUAUUAUUAGCAGCACGCAUAUCCUCACUGCUGCUCAUUGCAUAUCGUCUCCAAGUAUCGCGGACCGCUUGACUGUUGUAACCGGCACAAACAAAGUAAUAGGAGAUGGUGAAUUAUACAAAGUCAAGUCCGUUGUAGUGCAUCCAGGGUUCAGCAUGGAUCACCUUCGGGACGAUAUCGCAAUACUCACUUUGGAGGAACCGAUUCCCUUCAACAGUCGACAAAACGCAAUUCCUCUGGCGAGUAAGGAUUACGCCGAUGGCAUUAAUCGUGGUAUGGUGAGCGGAUGGGGAAAACUCGGUGCAAGCUCAGGCACACCGUUAUACCUUCAAUAUAUCGAUGUGACGUUAAUGAAGCCUAGUGAAUGUCAAAAAGCGCAUCCAGAAACUACUUCUAAACAACUAUGUACCAAUGAAGUGGGGCAGGGUGUAUGCAUGGGUGACAGCGGCGGCCCUCUCAUUCACAACCGUGAACUUGUUGGUAUCGUCUCCUGGGGCAUUCCCUGUGCUGUGGGUCAACCUGAUGUGUAUACUAAUGUUUACCAUUAUACGCCCUGGAUUGAAAAACAUACUCUCUGAUCAUUCGACCGGCAAUCUAUAUUUCAGACAUUAUCCAGAGGUUUUAGUUACAGCGUGUGAAACGCGUUGCUAACAUUAUUAAUAUGUAGAAAUAGAAAUGAUAUGAAAGCAUAAAGUAAACAAUAAAAAAAUAUUACUUGAAAUAAA